AAAAUAAAAUACUACUGCUACAUCUGUCAGUGUCAUAAUUUUGGCAUGGUAGGGUUAUGUUAGUUCAAAUAAAAAUAUAUUAUUCUACGUAUUCGACACUGUCUGUUUUAGCAAAUGCUAAACAAUUUGAAACUUCUAGUGAACACAAGUUAAUUAGAAAUCGUAUCCUGCCAUGUCUGGACCUAUUCAGGAUGUCGUUGAAGAAGACGCGGCAGAUCUGCAGUUUCCCAAAGAAUUUGAAAAUGCUGAAACCCUACUGAUAUCCGAGGUUGACAUGUUAUUGGAACAUAGAAAGGCUCAAAAUGAAUCUGCUGAAGAAGAACAAGAGUUUUCUGAAGUAUUUAUGAAGACACUAACUUAUACAAACAUGUUCAAAAAGUUCAAAAAUAAAGAGACAAUAGCUGCUGUCCGGAACUUACUACAAUCUAAAAAGCUACACAAAUUUGAAGUAGCUAGUUUAGCAAAUUUAUGCCCAGAAACUCCAGAGGAAGCUAAAGCUUUGAUACCGUCACUAGAAGGAAGAUUUGAAGAUGAAGAACUUCGUAUUUUAUUAGAUGAUAUACAGACAAAAAGAAGUUUGCAGUAUUGACAUAUUAUUAUCAUUAAUUUAUACAAAAUUUAAGACUGAAAAUAUCAUAAAGAUAUCUCAUGAAAUAUGUAUAUUAUUUAUCAAGAAUGGCCUAUUAUCAAUUAAACAUUAAACAUACCAAAUAAAAAAUCAAUUAAAAUUGAGGCAUUGAUCAUUCCAGCAAUACUAAAUCUUUAGAUAUAGUAUUAAUUGACUUGGUCAGUUGCACAUUCAUUAAGGUUUAAUGAUGACUUUAAGCUCUAAAUAUCGCUUUAAACUAAUAACUAUUUUAAUGUAUGUUUGUACAACUGACUGUUAGUAAUCUGUAGUUAUAGUAAAUUUCAAGGAUCCAUAUAGUCAUUUAAUCCUCAAUUUUCUAUCUGAAACAAAGCAGUUUCAUACUAUGGUUAUUAAAAGGUAUAAAAUU